CGCCGCCGCCGCCGCCGCCCAUCCCAAGUCAAUGACGCAGCAUGACUCUGCCCGAGUCGACGUUGCUCGCAAUGGCGAGCCUCGAGCGCUCUUCUUUUACGGCACACUCAUGCACCCAGGCGUGCUCGAACGAGUCAUCGGCCAUGCUGUCGAUAAGCUAACCUUUACCGACGCCGUUCUCUACGAGCACACUCGUCAUCACGUCAGACAUGCCGACUACCCUGCGGUUAUACCCAUCCAGAGCGCACAGAAGCUCAUAGGCCGUGCGCUGGACCGCGAAGAAGCGAGUGUAAGGGGCACGAUCGUACAGGGACUAUCACCUAGCGACGUCGACUUGCUCGAUGUUUUUGAAGGCGACGAGUACGUCAGGCGUACAGUGCAAGCACAUAUACUGUCCGCAGCUCGUACAGGCGCGAUCAAAGGCGCAGAAGCGCUCGUUCCGCUCCUCAGUCCGAUCGACCUGUCUCAGGCCACACAAGACCAGACUCAGAGCGUUGACGUCUACUUGUGGUCGGCCUCCGUAGAUCGUCUCGAGUCAGGUCUCUGGGACUUUGCCGCCUUUCUCAAAGAUAAAUCCCAUCGAUGGGUCGGCACCUCACAAGAUGAGGAAGAAUUCGCAGAAGUAGACCGUCGACGCGCCAUGAACGGCAAGAUAACACCCGAUCGUACAGGAGGAUCGGCAGGAGGACCGGCAGAAAACACACUGCCUGUCUUCGGAAAGGCUCUCGGUCGUCAAUAUUGGACUUUCGGCAAUUACAUUAAUCUAAACGCUGGCUCGUAUGGCGCGUGUCCUCAACCGGUCGUAAAGCAGACACACUACUGGCGAGAACGCACGGAAGCAGCACCUGACAAGGUCAUGAAACGAGACUAUGCGCCCGUCUACACGAGAACGCGCGCUCGAUUGGCCAAGCUGUUCAACUGCGACGUGGAGGAUCUCGCGGUCGUGGGCAAUACGACGAUCUCCACCAAUGCUAUCCUGCGCAGCUUCCCUUGGCAAAAGGGCGAUAAGAUAUUGCAUGUUGGCUCAACGAUCUACGACCCAGCGAGGAACACGCUACAAUACAUCAUAGAUAGUCGGCCAGACUUGGAGCUCAGCAUGCUCGAUGUUCAGGUCAACUAUCCCUUGUCAGACAAGGCCCUCCUCGAUGCGUUCGAACGCAUGAUCGUGCGCGAGAAUGGCGCGGUUAGAUUCGCUUUCUUCGAUGGCAUAUCCUCUCAGCCUGGCGUCGCUCUUCCUUGGCAGUCUCUCGUUAGCUUAUGCAAACGGCACAAUGUCGUUUCCUUUGUCGAUGGUGCACAUGAACCGGGUCAGCGGCCCAUCGACCUCAAAAGCGCCCAACCAGAUUUUUUUGCGGGUAACUUGCACAAGUGGCUCUAUGCACAUCGACCUGCUGGUAUGCUCUACGCCGACAAGCGAUGGCAUACUCUUGUCCAACCGUUCCCGAUUGCAUUCGCGUACAUACCCAUUGCGCAAGGUCGGGCUACCUUUGCUGCCGGCUGGGACUGGCCUGCGACGGAGGACAUUUCGCGCUAUCUUUCCAUCGAGACAGCACUAGACUUCCGCGAAAUGCUCGGCGGAGAACAACGUAUACAGACGUACACCCAUGGCCUCGCUAUGCGAGGAGGACGGAGAAUGGCAGAGAUACUCGGCACAGAAGUCUUAGAAAAUGAAGAGGGCACCUUGACAGCGAGCAUGGUCAACGUCAGACUGCCGGUCGAUUUCGCAUCCGUCGACGACUUCAACAAGCAAAAGAAUGCCAUCAGAGACAUCCUCUUUGACGAAUACGACUGCUUUGCUCCUUGCUUCUUCCAUAACGGCAAGACCUACGUGCGAGCUUCAGCGCAAGUCUUCAAUGACUUGACCGACUUUGAAUACGUUGCGAUAGCAUACUUGGAAAUAUGUCGCAACAUCAAGUAGAAUGCACAGCCUGCAAUCAUGUUGUCCAUUUGUAUGUACGAAAAUGUCCAGCAGAGCGCUCAAG